CCAUCCUGAUCCCUCUCUAACUCACCCCCGCCGUACUUUUGCACUGUCCUGGGGAUCGCGUCCACGUGCUCUCCUCGCUCACCUUCCUCAACUCUUCCGCCGUUCCAAUCCCAGUGCUGAUGAACCAAUCGAAUCCCAGCAACGCCCAGGGCCCAGUACCUCCUCUCGUCGCAGUCCUCCUGUUGUCGAAGUUCCUGCACUAGAUGACAAGAAGGUAUGUCUUGUUGGGGGUUUCUCUCUACAGGCACUGUAUACUGCUCGGCAACCGGAACGAGCUAGCGACAAGGCGAAACGCAUCAAGAACCCCGCAUGGUGGGCUCGUGUUGUGUUGUUCCUUUGCUGUGCAUCUCCUUCCACCGAUAGUAGCCAUUGAUGAACGCAGCAUAUGGACAAUCUCGAUGUCUAGUUCCGUUCCUCUGUUUUGUUAUCUCGUUGUAAUGUAUAUUUCGCUAUACCAUCAAUAACGAUCAUUAACCUCUCGC